UGCUGCUAGAUUAUGUACUGCAAUGGAUUUAUAAUUGCUGCUUUUUUUCUAACAUAAAAUAAAAUCUCCAGUCUGUAACUAGAUCCCUUCCAGAUCCCAGAUAAUGCCCACUCUGAGCAACAGCAGUGAUUUCAGUCCGCCAACCUUCAUGCUGAUGGGAUUCCCUGGGCUGGAGACGUAUCACCACUGGAUCUCUGUCCCAUUCUGCUCUAUCUACCUCAUGGCCCUUUUAGGUAACAGCACCAUCCUCUUUGUCAUCAAGACCAACCCAAGCCUUCAGCAGCCCAUGUAUGUUCUCCUUUCCAUGUUGGCCAUCACCGACUUGGGCUUGUCCAUCUCCACCUUACCAACAGUGCUGGGGCUCUUCUGGUUCAAUGUGAGGGAGAUUGACUUUAACGCCUGUGCCACACAACUCUUCUUUAUUCACACCUUCUCUUUCAUGGAGUCCUCAGUGCUGUUGGCCAUGGCCUUUGACCGCUACAUUGCUAUCUGCAACCCACUGAGAUACAGCAGCAUCUUGACAAAUUCAGUGUUGGUCAAGAUUGGCCUGGCCAUUGCCGCAAGGAGUUCAGGCAUUGUGCUGCCAACACCGUGGCUACUCAAGAGGUACAGGUACCCCAGGGGCACCCUGCUGCUCUCCCACUCCUUUUGCUUACACCAGGAUGUGCUGAAGCUCUCUUGCUCUGACUCAAGAGUAAGCAGUGUCUAUGGUUUGUGCGUUGUCCUUUGCACUUUGGUGAUUGACUCUCUGCUCAUCCUGUUGUCGUAUGUGAAGAUCAUUAAGACCAUCACAGUCAUCGCCUCCAGGGAGGAGCGGCUGAAGGCUUUCGACACAUGUGUCUCCCACAUCUGUGUCGUCUUGAUCUUCUUCAUUCCCGUGAUUGGGGUGUCCAUGAUACACCGAUUUGGGAGGCACAUUUCCCCCAUUGCUCAUAUCCUCAUGGCCAAUGUCUACCUCCUCAUCCCACCAGUCCUCAAUCCCAUCGUGUACAGUGUGAAAACUCAGCCCAUUCAGAAGGGCAUCCUGAUGGCAUUUGGUAAGAAAAGGACCAUCCGCUAGGAUGGCUUUGGACACUCCAGGUUUCCA